GAGAAAAAGAGAAUGAAGAUGAUGAUGGAGGAGGAAGAACAACAGAAUAAUAACAAAAAGAGAAAGAGAAGAGAAGUGUUUAAUGAGAAAGAACAACAACAUAAAAUGGUAAUGAAUGAGAAAGAAGAACUGAUGAAGAAACAUGAAGAAGAGAAAGAGAGAAUAAAGAUGAUGAUGUUGGAGAAAGUGGAGCAACUGGACAGAGAAAGAGAAGAACUGAUGAAGAAACUACAAGAAGAGAAAAAGAGAAUGAAGAUGAUGAUGGAGGAGGAAGAACAACAGAAUAAUAACAAAAAGAGAAAGAGAAGAGAAGAAGAGUUUAACAAGAGAGAAGAACAAUACAAAACACUACUGAAUGAUAAAGAGAAGAAAGAGAGAGAGAUGUGCGAGGAGAUGAAGAGAGAACGAGAGGAAUGGGAGAAACAGAAACAGCAAAUUCCAACAAAAUUGUCAAAAAGACUGCAUGAUAGUCCUGCUGCCAGUCUCUCAUCCAGGCGGAUUGUUCUCCUGGGUAGAAGUGGUGUUGGGAAGAGUGCAUCUGGAAACACAAUCCUGGGACAAAAUGAGUUUAAAUCAUAUGCCAAUAAAUGUUCAUAUGCUCACGCCACUGUUUCAGGCAGAUCUGUGUCUGUAGUUGAUACUCCUGGACUAUUUGACUCACUGAUGAAUCCUGAUGAUUUAAUGGAGGAGACAGCAAGAAGUGUUCAUCUAUCCAGUCCUGGACCUCAUGCUUUUCUCAUAGUGUUUCCUGUGAAUAUGAUGAUAACUGAGGAGGAUCAGCAGAUUCUUCAGAUGAUUGAGAUGUUGUUUGGUGAGGGAGUGUUAAAAUACUCCAUCAUUCUCUUCACUCAUGGAGAUCUGCUAGAAGAAGAGACAGUAGAGGACCUCAUUGAGGAGAACAGUGCAUUAAGAGAUCUAGUUGAUCAGUGUGGAGGCAGAUAUCACAUCUUAGACAAUAAAAACAAGAGAAAAAGAAAGCAGGUGAAUGAUCUACUGCAGAAGAUUGACACAAUGAUAGAGCAGAAUGGAGGAGGACACUACAGUAAUCAGAUCAGUGAUUCAGACAAGGAAGAAAAGAAGAGACAGAGAAAGGAAGAGCAGAGAAAAUAACAAGAUCAACAAAGGCAGAUCUGUUGAUACUCCUGGAUUCACUGACACAAAUGAAACCUGAGUUUAUGGCAUGCUUUUCUGUUGGGAGGUGUUAAAGUUCUCCAACAUUCUCUUCACUCAUGGAGAUCUGAUAGAAGAAGAGACCAUAGAGACACACAUCAAGGAGAAAUAUGUUUAAGGACAACAUACAGAUUUAGACGAGAGGGAAAAAAGACGAGAAUGAUUUACUUAUUUAUUGAAAAUCCUCAGACUGUGUGUGUGUAUAUAUAUAUAUAUAUAAAGAAUCCACUAGUAAUAUUCUGCUUAGAUUUUAAGCUUUUUGCUGUUAAGAUUCUCCUAAAUUAAAUGAAAAUACAGGAAUUAAAUAAAAUCAAAUACUUUAAGAGCAUUAAUUCAUCAAAUCUAUUGAUUUACUAUUAAAUGACAAGAGUCUGUGGUUAAAGCAAGAAAAUAAUAAUAAUAAAACAAACCAUUCAAAAGAACAAGAAACCUGUUAGAGAUGAACUGAAAUGGAUGAGAGGGAAUUCAAAUUAUUUGGAAGAGUACAUAUUAAUAUUAAUGUGUAGAAUAAUUUUGUACACUGUAAAAAAUGAAUGUGAUUUUAACAGUAAAAUGUUGUAAAAACGCUACAGAAAAAAAAAAAUUAUAAAUAGGUUAACAGUAAGU